AUGGUUAUUUUUGGUGAUAUGGUGCAUUUGCAGUUACUCAUAGUUAAGCAAGCGGUCAAAAGAGAAGAUAAGAUCAUCAACGUCUCCUCCGUUCCACCUCUGAUUCGAAUGAAUCUUCCACCAACAUCCGCCGCUAGUGCCGGAGAAUGUGGAAACUGCGGGACCCAGAAGGGAUGGGUUCUCCACCACGUGCGCCUGCGUGGCAUACACCGUCGCCUCUGCACCUCGUGCGUCCUACGGCUGCACCCAGCCUACUUCUGCCCGUCAUGCUUCGUCUUAUACGACUCACCGCCGCCUCACACUUCGAGGCGUGUCUCUUGUUCCAGCUGCUCCUCCUUCGCACACCCUCACUGCGUCAAAUCGCUCCAGCUAUCCCAAUCUCCUUACCUCUGUCCUCCCUGCGCCGACUCCAACUUCUCCUUCUUCGACGUUACCGAUCACGUCAUUGACAAGAAGCUCGCACUCGCCCUCCUCUGCGCCACCAGAAUUGCAUCGGCGUCCAUGGCCAAAGCUGUCCUUGUUGCCAGGAGUGAGGCUGAGAGGCGCGUUAGGGAGGCCGUAGUUGCCAAGAAGAGGGCCAGGGAAGCUUUGGAGCACGUUGCCUCCUUUGAGAAGGAGAAGCUCCGGAAGAAAGAAAAGCAGUUAUUGCAGCAGUCAAUGAAAAUUGAGGUGGAGAAGAGUGAGAGUGCCGCUCCAAUUUGA